UUGGGUUGCAUUCUCUCUCUUUUCACAAGAUGAAGCAUACCCUACAUUACAUUGUGGCACAACCUUUUCAAGUGGCUGUGCAAAUGACUGCAUGAUUGGAUAAAAAUGAAUAAAUAUGUUCAACAUUUUAAACUAAACCUACUGAUUAAAAAAACAAACAUAUUUCUCAUUCAGGGAAUGUCCAGUGAAAAAUAGUCCUGGUGUCUAUGACCUGAUUUUUCAUUUGUGAUAGGACAAUUAGGACAAAAUUCUGCGUUUUAUAACACUUUUUACAAAGGAGAGAAAAUAGAUAUGAAUUACAGUUAUUUUUUUUGUAUUGGCCACUGUUGGUAUCAUUUUCGUGUGGAUAUUACAAAUGGUCAUUCGUCUAACACAUCGGGGCUUAAACAGUAUAUUUCGGCAUCUGAGCAUUCAUCAAGAAUUGCCGACAAAGGGUAGAUGUCUUAUCAAUUCUGCCACUUAUGUGGAGAAGAAAGAUAAACAAUAGGAUGAUGCUUCAGCAGUGUGCCUUCUCCUGAAUAGGCCUAUGCUAUGGCACCUCACGCAAUAUACCACCAUGGUGAUUUGCCAUUGUUGAUAUCUGCCCGUUUUGAUGGAGCGUUAUCUCCCCAGCAAGUGUGGUCCCAUGGGUUUAUCCCUCUGAUGCCUCUGAGAACGACACAAUUUGACUAGCUCGUAAACACUGAACCAUAAGCUGUUACGCUGCUGUUUGCAGCUUGUUCCAUUUUUUCCCCCAACAGUUUCUGCUGUGUGACUUUACUAUUAUUAUAUCAGUAAAAAGAGAUUAGGCUACUCAUUUUAAUACUGUGUCCUGACACAAUCCUAAACUGUAGAUGUCGUGUAUUGAUUUCUUAAACCCAUGCAUUAUUAUAAUGUAUUUGAAAAUUAAAGUCAUCAUACGCACACCAGACGCGCAUCUAAGGAGUUUAUGAGGCGUUACUGUACCGCCUAGGUGUCUCCGCUGAAUGAAGAAUAUUGAGACACGAGAAUUUUUUUCUAUAUAACAAAAUGUGUCUGCAUUCUUGCCCAUACCGAGACUUAAAGCUAUUCGAUACCUUUGAUCAUGUUACAUUUUAUUUGCUUUGAGGUUAAUUUUUAAACAGGAUUUUUAUGUGGAGGAAUUGUAUUUUUUUUAAUAAAUGCAAACCAUAACGUUCAGUUCACUAUUUCUGACAGCUCGUUGUAAAAUGGGAACAAUAACAAUGAAUGAUUUCUCGUAUAGGGGCUUAGACGCUUGUCGAGUAUGAAAUGGCCACGGCAUGUUCGCUUAUCUUGCCUUGCCAUAUUGCGCCCUUGUUCCGCUCCCUAUGCCGCGCAGCGGGCUGGACUCGAUGAGGAAUUGCACAGACCUCACUUCCAGUUCCAGUCAGUAGCCUAGUUCACUAGCUCCAAAAAAUCUUAGACAUGGAUGACCCCCAAACAAAAUGGCUUCUUGCACAUUAGAAGAAAUAUCGCGUCGGCAUUUAGUGGUGGUGCCCAGUUCUGUGCAUAUGGAGACAAGCUUGACAGCGAUUACACAUAUCUUGUCCUUUUAGUUGAGCCACAUCUUGACAAAAUGAAAGAAAAAUCGGAAGCGGGGACUUGUAAGGAAAGUCCUAGUGUGGAGGCCAGUGGUUCAUUGACGCAGGAUUCAGUCGUCAGGGGGGCUGAGGAUGUAAACCAAGACGAACCAAGUUCAAAUGACAUAUCCAGGAGACAAGAGGAGUCUGAUAAACCGCCUACCGGGACUGGCAUCCGCAACGGCGAUGCCAAGGGAACAGCUUACGCCCACCAUCUAAAAAAGGAAGUACCAGUGAUUGAACUCACCAGGAGGGAUGAUAUAAAAGGAAGAAACCACUGGACAGAUCAGCAUAAGGUGCAGACAACGGAACUGUGCAGGCCACCUAUUUCUUUGCCCCUGCCGCACCGAGACGCGCCAAACGACACUCGAAUGGUUCAGCUGAGCCCUACCGCCUUUCCUCUCCCGGCAAGAGCGAUGCUCUACAAUAACGUUACGCAGUCGCUCGCCACAAUUAACAGUGCCUUUGGCGGUGAGUUGGAGCAGUAUGGAAUGUACCCUGGUAGCAGGGUAAAGCGCAGACCCAUGCCUUAUGAGGUUGAACUCGACGAGGCUGGCGAGCCAAAGAUCGUGCGGCGCAUCUUCACCAACAGCCGCGAACGCUGGCGCCAGCAGAACGUGAACGGGGCGUUCGCCGAACUCCGCAAGCUCCUCCCGACCCACCCGCCGGACAAGAAGUUGAGCAAGAACGAGAUCCUGCGCCUGGCCAUGAAGUACAUCAACUUCCUCACCAAGCUCCUCGGUGACCAGGACGGCGGCGGUGAGGGGAUUGUGAUGACUGCAGGCGGCGAAGGAGACGCCCAGGAGAUUUCGGGCGUGGGGCAGGGUCGGGGAGUCGGGGUGGUGGUGGCAAAUUGCGGGGGAGAUGGAGGUGGCAGCGGGCUGGCUAGAGAGGAGCUGCUGCUGCAGGAGGCACUGUCUCCCACCUCUAGCUGUGGCAGCCUGCUGGACGGAGACGGCAGCUCGGAGGGUUAUGGGGAAGAGCAGGACUCGCCUCCUGCCGAACCAGCAUUGCUGAGCAGAGGAGGGCAGAACCCUCGCUCCGCACGGACACACGACGGCCAGAGCCAACGAUGAUGGCGGCGACUGUUAGAAUAGCUGGAGACAUAUAUACUGGAUACCAACUGAUAUGUAAAAGAAUGAGCAUAGGGAUUACAGUAUUCACUUACCAAGUCAGUCUAACAGUCUUCCUUAAAACCCUGAAGUUCAUUUUCCCAUCUGAGGUCAUCCAGUAUUCAUCUUUAAAUAUCUGACUAAGUCAACAAAGCCUAUUCCUACUGUAGGGAUACUAAGACCAUACAAGUCAAUCCUGAUGCUUGGCAUUUGCAUUGCCAUGAUAGCUGUACAUUCAGCCUUCUCCAUCAUCUCAGCCUUAGCCAUCACAGCUCUACCAACUGUUGCCCAGUUGAUACCAUAGGAUAAUUUCCACAAGGCCAGACCAGGUUCACAACUUGGAAGAUGUUCUUCCUGUGAACAGAUUCCUAACAUUUGAGUGUCUGAGCUCUUCCAAAGAAGGGUCAUAGAGAAAGAAAAGUUUACUUUUACUCAGUAACUUAAACAGUAAAUUAUGCAACAAGAUUAUUUCUAGUAUCGCAAGGUCAGAUGUGUAUCACAAUUACAGCACAAUAACUGUGGUGUCAGUGUGGAUGGGAAGGAUUUAUGUAUAGCUACGUAGAGGUAAGGUAACAGCAAAGAUGCGUGUUGCUUGUGCCAAGUUGUUAGGAGGUUCUAGGAGGAGGAAAGCCAUCCUUAAUGAAGAAACCUAGUCAGCCCUUAGUACCAAAAAUGAAACGAGUUUUCUUUAGAUGACUCUCCAUGAUUCCUAUAACAUUUAAAUUCUUAAAUAGUUUUAUGUCAGAAUAUUUCCAGUUAGUCUAUGCCAAUCAGAAUUUUGCAUUAUCUUGAUCUGGUAGUUAGCUUACUAUAUUUUCAGUAAAUAAACAAUAACUAGUUGGCAUGGUACCAAGCUUUUGUGUUUAGCAAUGCAGCAGAUUCAACCAUAAGCUACUAAUUUGAUGGUGAAAAUCUGGCGACUGACACAAGGACAUAUCUUCGGAUCCAGUUGAAGCUGAAUGCAAACAAACUUGAAUAACAUAUACACACUGGAAUAGUGAAUAGUUUUAAUGUAGUAAAAUACUUUUAACAUCAUUAUACAGAAUAAGUCAACACCACAAUAGUCAAUCUACUAGUCUCUUUAGUCUCUAAAAUACUAGUCUCUUUAGACUAUUCAAUUAUGUUUUUAUGCCCUUCCCAACUAAUGUUAUCUGUUGAUACACUAGGGUCACAGUUUAUGAAUCAAAGUGGAAUAGGCAUCAACACUGUAGAGUUUUUCGUUGUAUUUCACAUUCACACACUUCGCUAUGCUAUGCACAGGGUUGGGAAGGUUACUUUUGAAAUGUAUUAGGUUAUAGAUUACUAAUUACCCUGUAAUAAGUAAGGUAAACAAUUUUAGUUACUUCAUCAAAGUAAUGUGACAUAUUAUAUUUGAUUGCCUUUCGAUUACUUUUUGAUUGGCAGACGAGAGGCUGUGCAAAUUCAAACAAGAGAACCAAUCAAAAACAACACUCAAAAUGUUAGCGCAUACUGCCAAAUGAAUGGAGCCUGUCUAAACAGUGAAAAGAUGCAAAGCAACAGAUUCUACAUAUAAGCUUUUUACCGAAAAGAAUAUAUUCAGAUGUAAUCCCUUUGUAAUCAACAACAUUUUGAUUAGUAACAGUAAUGUAAUUAGAUAUUUUUUCUCAGUAACUGUAACAGAAUACAAUUACAUUUAUUUUCUAAUUUAAUGACGUAACUCCAUCACAUGUAACUAGUUACUCCCCAACCCUGAUCAUGUAGCACAAAAAUAUAAUCCUCUAAUUCACAUACUCAGACUAUCCAAACAAAUAUUUAUUCUCUGCACAAAGGAUAUUUGGAAAUGAAUCUAAAUAUAAAGUCAAUUAUGGAUCUAAUGAGGAAAUAAUAGCAUCUUUAUAACAGGCUUACUGCCAGCCUGGAAACCAUAUUAUUAUUCAGAAAUGUCCAGACUGCCAGUGUAGGCAUACUCUUGUUUAUCUCUCUACCUGUAGCUCAUUUUGGCAGAUUUUUCUGAUUUUUUUUUCAUUGACAAAUUACCACACAACAUGUUUGGUGAGGUAAUUUGCAGGUCUCAUUUCAGGUGAGUGUGAGCAAUCCAGGAACAGACGUCUGCCUAAGUGGUGCCCCUAGAAGGGAAGAGCCAUGUCUGUCGUGUCUGACAAUAGUCAUGCCUUCACAGUGCAUUCAAACACAGUUUGGCACAUGCAUUGCUUUUGUCAUUGCACUGUGAGCAUCUCUAAUCACAUGAGCCCCGUUUACCAUAAUCACCCAUCUUUGAUUCAUUAUACAGCUUUGAAAUGUGUGUGGGAGUCCUGAUUAAAUAGGUACCGCCAUUUUAUUUUUAACACCAGAAAGGUACAAAAGCAUGCAAAUUGCAUCAAAACACAUCAUUACAUGCGGUCUGUAGAUUAUCAGUAUACGUCACUGUAAAAAGAAUACGACCCCGGUUGUGGCUUCGUGCAGGAUUCAUAACACUGAAGUACUUACUGCGUAGUGAGAAUGUACAGUAUGAUGUUUAAAAGUAAGUCUGUUCCAUGUUUUAGUGACUCUUGUGUAGCCAUAUGCUCAUAUGUUUUUUGUCCAGGCAUAUAGUACAAAUUAUGUGGGUGCUUCCUUAAUCAAUAUUACAUGUAAAUAAUUUUUUCAAUGUAUUAAUUUCAGUGGACUGUAAAUAAACCCAGAGGGAAAUUUGGAAAAGAAAAAAUGGGACACACAGAAAGUGUAAAUAGUUAUAGAUACAGUAAUAGGUAUCACUAUAGUCAAGAUAUCUCCAUUUUCUUUCAGUUCCAUCUGCAGUAUAGGUAACCUUUCUGUACCACUCACCAUCACAGUUUUUUUUUUCAAGAUUCUUGACUAUUACUGUAUAAUUAUAAUGUUACAAAAAUCUAUAAAUAAUUUGAUAUUAAAAGAGCAAGAAUGCUUUCUAAUGACCUGUAAGGUACACUGAAGAGGUCAAAUGUUGAUUUGUUUUUUAUUUUCAUAUUAGCGUACAUAUAUUAGAUGGUACAUUCCUCCUAUUUACACAUUCCUAAAUAUUUUCUUCUGAUGAUUGUGGUAUUCCAUUAGGCCUCUUUGUAGUCAGUUUACUCUAGGUACACAGCAGCAUACUUUUAUGUUUUACACCGGAGGUUCUCUCAGUUUUGUAAUAAAUAUAUAAAUAAACAA